ACAAUUAAGAAUAGUCAAUAAUUUUCCCUGACCACCUACUCCCCACCAGCUGACAAAGAGCGGCAGAUUCCAAAUCGAAGACUUCUUUCCACUUCGCUACCACCUUCCAAUUUUCCCAAUAUAUAUCUAUCUAUCAUAUCAUGUAAAGAAGGAGGAGGUUCCAUGGGUUGGGGGAAAAUUUUCUUCACAGUGGUGAUUACAUUUUCAGCAGCAUUGAUCACAUACAACAUCCUCAUCUCAGCAAAUGCUUCUUUCAAGCAAGAAUUCCCUGGCCCUUCUAGAAAAACUGCUACUUUUCUUACUCAAGACCCAAUAAUCAAGAUGCCAUUAGACAGAUCAGAAAACAAGAAGAAGAGGUUGUUCCAUACAGCAGUGACAUCAUCUGAUUCAGUAUACAACACGUGGCAGAGUAGGAUUAUGUAUUACUGGUUCAAGAAGUAUAAAGAUGAGGCUAAUUCAGAGAUGGGUGGGUUUACAAGGAUCUUGCAUUCUGGAAAGGCAGAUAAGUACAUGGAUGAAAUCCCUACUUUUGUUGCUCAGCCACUUCCCUCUGGAAUGGAUCAGGGUUAUAUUGUCCUCAAUAGACCAUGGGCUUUUGUUCAGUGGCUUCAACAAGCAGAAAUUGAAGAAGACUACAUAUUGAUGGCAGAGCCAGAUCAUGUUAUUGUCAAGCCCAUCCCGAACCUAUCUAAGGAUGGCUUUGGAGCGGCAUUCCCUUUCUUUUACAUAGAACCCCAAAAAUAUGAGUCUGUACUGAGAAAGUUCUUCCCUGAAGAAAAGGGAUCUAUAACAGAAAUUGAUCCCAUAGGAAAUUCCCCUGUCAUUGUUGGGAAGGAAGCUUUAAAGAAGAUAGCUCCGACAUGGAUGAAUGUUUCUUUGGCGAUGAAAAAGGAUCCUGAAGCAGACAAAGCGUUUGGUUGGGUGCUUGAGAUGUAUGCCUAUGCAGUUUCAUCUGCUUUGCAUAAUGUGGGUAACGUACUGCACAAGGAAUUCAUGAUUCAGCCACCUUGGGAUACACAAAUCGGCAAGGCGUUCAUAAUUCAUUACACAUAUGGAUGUGACUAUGAUAUGAAAGGAAAGAUGACCUACGGAAAAAUUGGAGAGUGGAGAUUCGACAAAAGGUCAUAUUCUGAUAAAUGGCCUCCGAAGAACCUUUCUCUGCCUCCACCUGGUGUUCCAGAGAGCGUGGUUACUCUGGUAAAAAUGGUGAACGAAGCCACCGCUAACCUUCCGAACUGGGGUUCUUAGAAUGGUGUUGUGAUUGAAGCUGUUUCACUCACGCAAGAUGUAUGAUGAAUUCGUAAUUUGUACUUUUUAUACCAAUGCUGCUCACGAGAAAAUCUCAUUUCCUCACUUCUGGGGGUAAAGGUCCAAUACCUAUGACCAUUGUUGGAAUAUUUGAAACUUCUUGUAUGCAGUUCCAUCUGUCCUUUAUCCUGUAGGUUUCAAAUCUAUGUAUAGUUGCUAAUGUCAUCCAUAUGCAGUAGGUUGCAAUGCUGAAACUAUGAGUUUACUAGUUGCAGCUCUUGUCAUUGCUAAGUAAACUGUAAUCUAAUGACAACGAUGGGAGAUCUUAAGUUUGCCGUUA